AAGCAAACAAAUCCGCAUCAACGUCGAUCAAUAGAACGCGCGCGCAUCAAACAAACCAAACACGUUAGAGUUACAUUGACUAAACACGCCACGUCGCCCUUUGCGUCUCCACGCCUUCUACCUGCCCCGCGCCGGUCCUCGAGCUCAAAAAAGAAGAGCGAUGGGUAGCCCGUCGCCGCCCGGCGCCUCGCACGGCCUGUUCGGGUCGAGCGGCGUCGGCGGGUUCGGCUACGGCCUCGCCGUCUCCGUCGGCAUCCUGCUCGUCGUCUCCACCGUCGCCUUCGCUGUCUACCUCUGCUGCGCCCGCGCCUCGUCCAUGCCGGUGGCUGACGCCCGCGGGGUUCCGGCGCCGGCGCCGCCCCGCCACGACGUCGAGCUCGGCGGCAUCGACGCGGCGACGCUGGAGGCGUACCCGGCGGUGGUCUACAGGGAGGCGAGGAAGCCGGCGUCAGUGGAGCAGCAGGAGGCGUGCUGCGCCGUGUGCCUGGAGAGGUACGCGGACAGCGACAUGGUCCGGGUGCUGCCGGACUGCGGUCACCUGUUCCACCGCGGGUGCGUCGACCCCUGGCUCCGGCAGAGGCCCACGUGCCCGGUGUGCCGGACCUCGCCUCUGCCCAGCCCCGUGCCCACGCCUCUCGCCGAGGUGACGCCGCUGGCGCUGGCGAGGUAAGGCCGGCGUGAGGCGAUCGAGCGCAUGGUGUCUGUCCGCGGACAUGGCGUUCUUCAACUCUUCUUGGCUUGCUCUCUGUUUUCUUCCCAUCUCCAUUAGUUUAAUUUAUACUAUACGGCAAGAUGCCACAUGUAAUUAAUUAAUUAAUUAGAAGGUGAUAAGUUUAUAUA